CAAAUUUGGGUAUAGGUUUGGGGUUAAAAUCAAGUUGUGGGUUAGUUUUGGCAAAAACCUUUUUUUUUGGGGUAAGGAAUCUCGGUAAUUAAGAACUAAAAGGAGGCACAGGGGUACAAACUAGAAGUAAAAGAAGGUGGUUCAAAGGCAUGCAAUCUAAAUGAAAAUACGAUAUAAAAUCAUAAAAGACCUCACGCAGUGAAUGUAAAUGUAAAUGUAUCCAACUUCACAAACGUGACGUAUCUUUGUGUAUGCAUGCAUACCUUUCUCUACUGUAUAUACUUAUUGUUGAUAGUAAUAAGAAAGAGAGAAAGUUAAUAAGAGACAAAAGAAUGUCACGAGAUAGCGACAUAGUGCAUUUAUGAACCCUUGAAAAAAAAGAACUCUAACCCUAACUAUCUCUUGUUGUUACGGCUGUAUAAAUGCCACGUUGUUUUGAAGAAUGUGUCAAAAAAGAAAGUGAAAAGUGAUCAUCUUCAUCCUAUAGAUAGGAACCUCGAAGAGAUAUAUUUGACUAUUAAUCAACGAUCAUGUCUCACAUCGCCGUUGAGAGGAAUCGAAGAAGGCAAAUGAAUGAGCAUCUUAAAUCCCUUCGUUCUUUGACUCCUUGUUUCUAUAUCAAAAGGGGAGAUCAAGCUUCGAUAAUCGGAGGAGUGGUAGAGUUCAUCAAAGAGCUUCAGCAACUGGUGCAAGUUCUCGAGUCCAAGAAACGUCGAAAGACACUAAACCGGCCUUCUUUUCCUUACGAUCACCAAACACUCGAGCCAUCCAUAUUAGCCGCAGCCGCCACCACCACCAACACAACCACUAGAGUGCCGUUUAGUCGAAUCGAGAAUGUAAUGACCACAAGCACAUUCAAGGAAGUGGGAGCAUGUUGCAAUUCCCCUCAUGCUAACGUCGAAGCCAAGAUCUCAGGCUCUAACGUUGUACUGAGAGUUGUCUCUAGGCGAAUUGAGGGGCAGCUGGUGAGGAUCAUAUCCGUCUUGGAGAAACUAUCUCUUCAGGUUCUUCAUCUCAACAUUAGCAGCAUGGAGGAGACUGUGUUGUACUUCUUUGUUGUUAAGAUAGGACUGGAGUGUCACUUAAGCUUGGAGGAUCUAACCCUUGAGGUUCAGAAAAGCUUUGUGCCUGAAGUCAUCGUUCCUACCAACUAAAACCAAAAGUAUACACGUACUAGCGUCAUAGCAUGUAUGGUUACAUGAGCAUACUCGACACCUUGCUAGAAACAAGCUCAAAUAAACUUAAUUAUUAUGGACUUGUAUUACUUAUGUUUUACUUUUAGUUUGUUUCUGUAUCCCAACUCGAUCAAAGUUGUAAUUUUCCAUAAUAAAUAAUCAGAGAUUAUGCUCUAA